AUGCCGAAUUCGUCCGAGAACUGCGUCAUGAGCUCGUUGAUGGCCAAGUGCACCGGGCUGCACUACAUCAUCGACCCGGAGGGCCCCACCCUCGGCGGCCACAACGUCUUUCACCUGACGGUAAUGGUCAUGAUCGCGUUCACGGCAGCCUGCCUGUCCCUGUGCCCGUUCGGCCUGUACUACUGGGCGAACGACGUGACACAGUGCAUCAUCCAACUGAUCAUAAUCGGCAACUUUUCGUUCGCGUGCUUCAAAGGGUUCACCAUGGUCCGGCACUCGGACGACAUCCGCAGGUGUCUGGAAGUGGCGAGCUUCGAUUUCGGGUCCGGCGCCAUCAUGUCGGAUCCCGAUUCGGCCCGUUUCUUCCGGACGUGUCGCAACGCAUUGUCCGCGUUCACCGGUUGGUUCGCCGCCAGCAGUCAUCUCGUGCUGUUGGUGUGGACGCUGCUGCCGUUCGUCGUCGUCGGCAAAAGCGUCGAAAUAAAGAACCGCGACGGAUCGACCAGCGACUACCACUUCAACCCGUACAACAUGUACUUCCUGGUGUCCAGCGACACGUACAACCGAUGGCAUCUCUUCUUCCACCUGGUCGAAUGGGCGUUUGGCAUGUGUUUCGUACUGUUCAUGGUGCUCUUCGACACGUUCAUGGUCACGCUGUGCGUGGCGAUAACGUGCCAGAUGAGAGGCAUCGCCGACGCGUACAGAAAACUGGGACACGACCGUUGCGCGGCCGCAUCAAAGGUCUGUUUCGAUGGUGGAAUUGAAUCAAAUAGUUCAAAUUACGAAUAUUUAAGGGAUUUGAAAUUGAUCAUCAAGCAUCAUCAAGCAGUGUUGGGGAAAAUGAACGAUUUUUAUAAAAUCGUUGGCCCAGUUAUACUUCCUCAACUAAUCGUGGCUUCAUUUACAAUCAUAUUUGUUUCAUUUAUUAUCACAAGGAAUUAUUUUAAUGGCAUGUUACUAACAUCAACGCAAUCGCUAAAAAUGUGCAGUUUUCCUAUAUUUUUCUUUCAAAUAUAUUAUACUUGUCUCGCAUUUGGAAAUCUCAACCAUCAGAAAAACGUCAUGAACUUUGCACUAUACUCUAGUGACUGGACACAGAUGGAAAUUAAAUUUAAAAAGUUACUUUUGUUAGCAAUGAAAAUGCAUGAUGCCAACAAAUUGGACAUGAAAUUAACUGCUGAAUUAAUUAUCAACUUAGAAUUAUUUACUAGAGUCAUCAAUAUGUGUUAUUCAAUUUUUUCGGUCUUAGUCAAUUCUCAGUUGAAGAUAGCAGAUAAACAAUAA